AUGAUCCAAAUGAGGGGCGGCUAGCUUGACUUCGUUUUAACGAGUGGAGGGUGGCUUGACCGCAGUCGCAGACUGCCCAGAACUACUUGACUGGAACCAAUUCGAAAGAUUUGGUCCGUCCAUCAUCAAGUGGUCUUUGUGUGCGUUGAAGCUUCGCACGUAGCCUAGUUAGCUUAGCUUAGCUUGCGAACAAAGAACAAUGUGGUUCGACGCUUGAACAUCCAGUUGGAGCCUCCUAAAGUGUACACAAUGCGUGCAAGAAGGACGCCAGCCGCAAAGUUCGAGGCGGAACUUUAUGGCGCAAAAGCUCAGCGACGACAUCAACUCUCGUCUGCUUGCAAAAUGCAAGUAAAAGUUGUUCUUCGCAGACUAGCAGGUUUCAGAAGAUAUCUUGUUGCUGAGCGGCACGAGCCAGAAUUUUCUGGCGAUAAAGAGGAUGUUGAGCUCUCCCAAAUAAAAGAGGAGGAGGAGCCAGAGCCCUGUCCACAGAAGCAACUUCCAAUCAAAAAAGAGGAGGAAGAGCUGCCUUACGUUAAAAAGGAGGAGGAGGAGGAGCAUAUCACAAGGUUAAAUGGUGAGCCCUUGAAGAGUGAAGAUGGUCCAAGUGAGGCCGGCAGAGCAGAGCCUCCAAGCGACUGCAGCAGCAGCUCAACAGAAGGAUUGCAAGCAGACAAUUUCAUCCCUCCAUCAAACAGAAGUGGCACCACAUCACACUCACCUGACAAUGAUGAUGGUCAUAAGAAAUCUCACACUGACGACAAACUCUGCAAAUGCUCUCAGUGUGGGAAAACAUUUCCGACCAAGCAAGCUUGUCAUGCGCAUAUGAGGAGGCACACUGUCGAAAAACCUUUUUUCUGCUCAGUUUAUGGUCAAAGAUUUAGUUGCAAGAGCAAAUUAAAAAGUCACGAAAAAACCCCCACUGGCGAAAAACCUUUUUCCUGCUCAGUAUGUGAUCAACGAUUUGCUCUAAGGGGAAAUCUAACAAAACACAUUAGAACCCACACUGGCGAAAAACCUUUUUCCUGCUCAGUUUGUGGUCAAAGAUUCGCUCAGAAGCCAAACUUACAAAGUCACAAAAGAACCCACACUGGCGAAAAACCUUUUUCCUGCUCAGUUUGUGGUCAAGGAUUCUCUCAAAAGCAAAACUUAGAAAGUCACACAAGAACCCACACUGGCGAAAAACCUUUUUCCUGCUCAGUAUGUGGUCAAGGAUUCACUCAAAAGCAAAACUUACAAAGUCACAAAAGAACCCACACUGGCGAAAAACCUUUUUCCUGCUCAGUUUGUGAUCAAAGAUUUGCUCUAAAGGGAAAUCUAACAAAACACAUAAGAACCCACACUGGCGAAAAACCUUUUUCCUGCUCAGUUUGUGAUCAAAGAUUUGCUCUAAGGGGAAAUCUAACAACACACUUAAGAACCCACACUGGUGAAAAACCUUUUUCCUGCUCCGUGUGUGGUCAAGGAUUCUCUCGAAAGCGAUACUUAAAAAGUCACGAAAGAACCCACACUGGCGAAAAACUUUUGUCCUGCUCAGUUUGUGGUCAAAGAUUCGCUCAGAAGCAACACUUGAAAGAACACACAAGAAUCCAAACUGGCGAAAAACCAUUUUCCUGCUCAUUUGUGGUCAAAGAUUCGCUCAGAAGCAACACUUGAAAGAACACACAAGAAUCCAAACUGGCGAAAAACCUUUUUCCUGCUCAGUUUGUGAUCAAAGAUUUAGUCACAAGAGCACCUUAAAAAACACACAAGAACUCACACUGGCAAAAAACCUUUUUCCUGCUCAGUUUGUGGUCAAAGAUUCGCUCGGAAGGAUCAGAUGAAGAGACACGUGUGUUUUUCUGUGAGAAACGGUGGCCAAUGACUGUUUUGCCUGUCAUCCAUGCUGGCUUCAUCAAAUUUUGGAUGUAGGUUAGGUUGGGGUUGGGGUUACGUUCGUAUUCGUGGUACACUUCAUUUUUGUGAUUGCAUUUGUGUUUGGACUUUGCCAUUUUGUGUUUUACCUUUUCUUGCCAUCAAUGUCUUUCCCUUGGUUCUCUCGCCGACUGGCAUUAAUUUGUAUCAUAGUCUCCCAUUCAAAUGACUCUUUUCACAUUCAAUUUUCUUAAACCGCAGACCGCAAAGUUUAAAAAUUCAAAAUCAUUCGUAAAUAUUGUCAUUUAAUAAAAGUGGAAAUUUAAAAAGUUCAAUACUGCAAAAAUAAUGUAAGAAAUACUGGUUCACAAAUGAGUUUUUUGUUUGGGGGUUAAUGUAAAUAUACUGUGUGUAUAUAUACAUAUAUAUAUAUAUAUAUAUUUUUUUUU